AUGCCGUCCCUCACAGACCUCGAAAAUUUCAUCGAGGACAACCUCCCCCGCAACUUGCAGGAGCUGCCGCACAAGGUGUCGGUAUCUGUGCAAGAGUACUAUCAGAUACUCUACGAACAGCUCAACAAGUAUGGCCCUCCCAUCCCCGACCUCCCGUCGCUGCCAUCCUUUGACGGCUUCACGGAGAAAGUCACCGAGCUCGUCUCGCCUACUCCUGCACCACCGCUCAUGGUGCCGCCACCUCCACCACCUACUAAUUUGCAGCUGCUCCGCGCGUGGACACGCGAACACCGCACCGCCCUCAGCCUGGCUGGAGGUCUGCUGCUCGUAGGACUCGGCACCAGCUACGCAUACCAAGGCGGCUACAUCGCUUUGCCGUACCUCGGCAAGAAGCAGGUCGUCGGUCGAGGACGCACUCGUCAAGUUCGCCUCAAGAAUGGUAUUCGAAGAGAAGCCGUCAUCGUGCUCGGAGCAGACACCCCACUUGGUCGCUCCCUUGCCCUGCACUUCUCCAGCCAAGGCUUUGUGGUGCUCGCCUCGGUGUCGUCUUCGGCUGCUCUGGCGCAGUUCGAGAACCUGAUUCCGCCCAGCUCCCGCGGCUACGUCAAGGCGCUUAUCUUUGAUGCCGACGACCCUUCCGGUUCGCUGCAGCCUUUUGUGAGGGCGCUCUCUGCUGCUCUCAGCUUGCGCUACCCGCUCACCAGUGCAGGUGACCCCUAUGCUCGACCAGGCGAGAACAUCAACAUCGCCGGCGUGGUCAACGCGCUCAGCUUUGUGGCUCCUGAAGACGAUGCUGCCCUUUCGCGCAGCUUGUCUGCCUCGGCUUCGGCUUCGUCGCUCAGCUUGCCGAUUUCCAAGCUGACUCCCUCGCCCUCCUCCGAGCUGCUCGAUCGCCACGUCGUUGCCAGUCUGUGCGUUCUGGGGGCGCUCAUCCCAAUGCUCAGAGCCUUGCCAAACCGCGCCGAAGACAGUCAAGAGACGGAUCCCGCUACAGUGGUCACGCUCGUCUCCAGUCCGGCUUCCCGCACCGCUCUGCCUCGCCAGGCAAUGUACUCCGUCAUUGCGCAGAGUGUCGCAGCGGGCGUGCAGUCGCUCCGACGCGAAUGCGAGGAAGAGUCGUUCCACUCCAAGACAGCCAGUAACAGCAAGCUUCCUUCCGCCUUGAGCAGCUUCCCCGGCAGCGGCAUCAAGCCUCGCAGAGCCUCGAACUCGCGUUCCGUUCUCAAGCAGAGAGGCAUCCGUGUCACCAUGGUCGAGGUCAAUUCGGGAUCCGUCUUAGGCGAGUCCGCUUCCUUCCCAAAUGCCACCUCCACCGAGGCUUCCCCCACUUCGCCCGCUGCGAGUGGCUCACUGAAGUCGCCGUCGCGCCCAGCGUUUGGCAGGUCGCCAUCGUCAUCGAUGAGCUCCUUGUGGCAUCACAGAUCGCCCGCUUCGGCACCUGUGCUGAACAAGGUAUCGGAUCUCUUGCUCAGCACCAAGCGACGUCUGCGCCCGAGCUACACGGUAGGAACGCACACAUUUUCUGCUUACUGGCUCACUGUAAGCCAGGUGCUGCUCACUAUUGUGCCCACUGGCAUUGUCGAUUUCGCCCUUGCCUUGAGGAGGCAGCUCUCGUUGCGCAGGGCAGGCCUCGUCGGUCGAGCUGAGCACGCAUUCCUGCCGUGGAAUUGGGGCAAGUCUUCUGCUGUUGAUCGAGGCAGCCAGUCGAGGUCGCAGCCAACCGCAUUCAAGAAACCAGUGGCAGGCCCAGGACCUGGUCCGGCUUCGGCAGCUCAUUCGCGCGCCUCACUCGCCAAGCGACCCAGCCCUUUGGGAUACGAGAUCCGCGACUCGGACGCACAGAGCCUGCCCGAGAGCGAGCGCUCGUCUGGAGCCGGCUCGGGCAUCCCCAGCAGCGUCCCAUCGUCUGCUUAUGGUGACAACGACGCCGAUGCUGACGCCUACGCCGAAGAAGAGGGCGGGGCGUACAACACGCACAGUCCGUACUUUGGUUCGUCGCGACCAAUGCACUCUCCACACGCGGAUCUGUCGGCGUCCAAUGCCGGUCUCACCGAUUCCAGUCGAGAGCCUUGGCUGGGCCCGCCGAGCAGUAGCGGUGCGAGCAGCCGCGCUACGUACUCGCCUGCAGUGCAGCAGCAUUCGGCAUACGCUUCGGAGAACGAGGAUCGCGAGAGGGGGAGCGACUCGCCGUUGGGCACCAGCUGGGUUGCCCUGGGUGACAGCCAGCACUCGACUGGGUCGCAACAGUGA